AGCGAGCAUAUAAAGUAAUGCAAUCUUUUGAAAUUUGGAGAGAGAGAUCAAAGGUAGGGAAUGCAGAGAGAUGAUAAGGGCAUCGUUGGAAAGGCCUGAACUGUGCCGCCACGGUAAGCGGUCCGUCCGCCGCAGGGAUUGCCACCGUAAACACGUUGAAGACGGGUGAAUAUUUUCAUUCAUUCAUUCCUAUCCCUAUUCCUACUCUCUCAAAGACACUUUUUUUUUUGCUGUAUUGUAUCUCUUGAUUGACAAAAAUGGCGGAUAAAGCUAAAAAUAAUAAAAACCCGGGUUUGCUUCACGGAAAAUACGAGCUUGGUCGGAUGUUGGGUCAUGGUACUUUCGCCAAAGUUUACCAUGCACGGAAUCUUCAGACAGGGAAGAACGUUGCCAUGAAAGUCGUCGGCAAAGAAAAAGUGAUAAACGCUGGUAUGACGGAGCAGAUCAAGCGUGAGAUUUCCGUCAUGAAAAUGGUGAAACAUCCGAAUAUAGUCGAAUUGCAUGAAGUUAUGGCAACUAAAACCAAGAUUUACUUCGCCAUGGAACUUGUCCGUGGCGGAGAACUUUUCUCUAAAGUCGCUAAAGGCCGGCUCGAUGAAGACUCGGCGAGACUUUACUUUCAACAAUUGGUUUCCGCCAUCGAUUUCUGCCAUAGCCGCGGCGUUUACCACCGUGAUUUGAAGCCUGAGAAUUUGCUGUUAGACGAAGAUGGAAACCUGAAAGUUGCUGAUUUCGGACUCAGUGCUUUCUCGGAACAUUUGAAACAAGAUGGGUUAUUGCAUACAAGUUGUGGAACACCAGCUUAUGUUGCCCCUGAAGUUAUUGGGAAGAAAGGAUAUGAUGGAGCCAAGGUUGAUAUUUGGUCUUGUGGUGUUAUCCUUUAUGUUCUUCUUGCUGGGUUCUUGCCAUUUCAAGAUGAUAACUUGAUUGCCAUGUAUAGAAAGAUUUACAGAGGAGAUUUCAAAUGUCCGCCAUGGUUUUCUUCUGAAGCUCGCAGAUUAAUCACUAAGCUUUUAGACCCUAACCCGAAGACUCGAAUCACCAUCUCGAAGAUCAUGGACUCGUCCUGGUUCAAGAAAUCUACACCCAAGGUGGUUAAACUCAAAACCAAGGAAGACCCAGAAUUUGAACAUUUCAAUGGCGACAAAUCAUCAAAGCCUGAGACAUUGAACGCCUUUCAUAUCAUUUCAUUAUCCGAUGGCUUUGAUUUAUCGCCGUUGUUCGAAGAGAAAAAGAGAGAAGAGAAACAAGAGCUGAGAUUCGCUACAACCAGGCCGGCGAGCAGUGUGAUAUCGAGACUGGAAGAGGUGGCCAAGUCGUUGAAGUUCAGUGUGAAGAAGAACGAGUCGAGAGUGAGGUUGCAGGGUCAGGAAUGUGGGAGGAAAGGGAAAUUAGCAGUGGCCGCCGAUAUAUUCACGGUGACGCCCUCGUUCCUGGUGGUGGAAGUUAAAAAGGACAACGGCGAUACCCUAGAAUACAACCAGUUUUGCAGUAAAGAGCUCCGACCGGCGCUUAAAGACAUCGUGUGGACGUCACCCGCCGAGAACUCGACACUUGCUUGAUUAGUGUACAAACAAAAAACAAGUACCGAGGUCUAAAAUAUAUAUUUAUCUUGAUUUAGACCAUUGAUUAAUGAUAUUGUUGUUGUUACAUUUUGGACCCAAAA